ACAUAAAUAAUAACCUUGCGAUAAAUAGAGCUAGUCUCAGCUGUCCCAGCUCAAGCUCGAUCGCCACCUCGCUGAUUCUCCAUCGAUGGCGGACGAAGCCAACUCCAAAAACCUAGAAUCCCUACCCCUAGAUUCGUGCCCCAAUGAAACCCUAGUCGACGGCAGCGCCCUCGUGGCCCGGUCCCUCGCCCGCGCUGGCGUCCAGCACAUGUUCGGCGUGGUGGGGAUCCCCGUCACGGCCGUCGCCACCCGCGCCGUCGCCCUCGGCGUCCGCUUCCUGGCCUUCCACAACGAGCAGUCCGCUGGCUACGCCGCCUCCGCCUACGGCUACCUCACCGGCCGCCCGGGUGUCUUCCUCACUGUCUCCGGCCCCGGCUGCGUCCACGGCCUCGCCGGCCUCUCCAACGCCGCCACGAACACAUGGCCGGUCGUCAUGAUCUCCGGCUCUUGCGACCACGCCGACUUCGGGAAGGGAGACUUCCAGGAGCUUGACCAGAUGGCCGCCGUGCAGCCCUUUGUCAAGCACGCCGCCAAGGCCACCCACGUCUCCCAGAUCCCCCGCCUGGUCCGCGAGGUGCUGUGCUCCGCCGUCGCCGGACGGCCCGGAGGGUGCUAUCUGGACAUCCCGGCAGACGUUCUCCACCAGACGAUCCCCGAAUCCGAAGCUGGUAGGGUUUUAUCCGAGGCCGAAAACCCUAUAUUUCAAGAAGUUAAGCGCGUAGGAGCCCUGCAUAUCGAAAAGGCGGUGUCUUUACUGAGAAACGCGGAGAGACCUUUGAUCGUGUUCGGGAAAGGCGCCGCCUUUGCUCGGGCCGAGAAUUCUCUCAAGAAGCUGAUCGAGACCACCGGAAUUCCGUUCCUUCCAACGCCGAUGGGUAAGGGUUUGAUGCCGGACACCCACGAGCUUGCUGCCACCGCAGCCCGGUCGCUGGCCAUCGGCCACUGCGACGUUGUUCUUGUCGUCGGUGCAAGGCUCAAUUGGCUUCUCCACUUCGGAGAACCUCCAAGAUGGUCUAAAGAUGUGAAAUUUAUACUGGUGGAUAUCUCCAAGGAGGAGAUCAAUCUCCGAAAGCCCUACUUGGGCUUGGUGGAUGAUGCAAGGAGGGUGUUGGAUCUGAUCAAUGAGGAGGUCAAGGACGACCCUUUCUGUUUGGGGAGAUCACAUCCUUGGGUGGAGGCCAUUUCAAAGAAGGCCAAGGAGAACGUGACAAAGAUGGAGGCUCAGUUGGCUAAGGAUGUGGUUCCCUUCAAUUUCUUGACCCCAAUGAGGAUUAUAAGGGAUGCAAUUCUUGCCCAGGGGAGCCCAGCUCCGAUACUGGUGUCGGAAGGUGCAAACACGAUGGAUAUCGGGAGGGCAGUGCUGGUCCAGAAUGAGCCGAGGACAAGGUUGGAUGCAGGAACAUGGGGAACAAUGGGGGUUGGUUUGGGUUAUUGCAUUGCAGCUGCCGUGGCGUCACCUGGUCGCUUGGUGGUGGCUGUGGAAGGGGAUUCUGGCUUUGGAUUUAGUGCCAUGGAAGUUGAGACAUUGGUAAGGUACCAGUUGCCUGUUGUGGUCAUAGUCUUUAACAACGGUGGAGUAUAUGGUGGUGAUAGAAGAACCCCUGAUGAAAUAACUGGACCAUACAAAGAAGACCCCGCCCCAACUUCUUUUGUUCCAGGUGCAGCUUACCAUACUCUAAUGGAGGCUUUUGGAGGUAAAGGCUAUCUUGUUGGGUCUCCGCAAGAGCUCAAGUCUGCUCUUUCUGAAUCUUUUGCUUCAUGGAAACCUGCUGUAAUUAAUGUCAUCAUAGAUCCAUAUGCCGGUGCAGAGAGUGGGAGAAUGCAGCAUAAGAACUAAAUCUCAUAUUACUUUUUUUUUUUUUUUUUGCAGUUUCUCGAUUCCUAUUAAUAACCAUUGCUUUUCAUGCAAUGUAUGUUCUUUUUCACUUUUAACCCAUGUCAGUUGCCAAUUACACGGAUUAUGUAAGUGUUUGUAACUUUGAAAUUUAGGGAGAUGAUGCUGCCUCCAUAUGUUGAAGAUAUUUGAGGCAACCAGUGAAAACAUUACUGUAUGCGUAGCAUUUUCCUUUGCUUCUUUUAUUAGCCAUGAUCCCAUUUAUAUAUUGAUGUAUUGUCCUUCUCAUGGACAAUUGGUGA